GCUAUCCUCCAUCUUUGGCUCUGUCCCUUGUUCUCGCUGUGGUAAGGGAUCAUCUCUCUUGUCCUCUCGCUCUGUUACUCGCUCCUGCGGGGACCAUAGUGAGGACACAGACGUCCAGGAAGUCGGAAAUGGGGUCUGUAUCAUUUGAAGACAUAGCUGUGGAUUUCACCUGGCAUGAAUGGCAGGAUCUGAAUGCGGCUCAGAGGACCCUCUACAGGGACGUGAUGUUGGAGAACUACAGCAGCCUCAUGUCUUUGGGGCACUGCAUGACAAAACCUAAAUUGAUCUACAAGUUGGAGCAUGGAUUUGGGCCCUGGAGCAUAGCAGAAGCCUCAGCCCAGAGCCAUCCAGAUGUUCAUGAAGUAACUUCCUUAAUUGAGACUGGCCAGGAAAAUAACAAGAGACAUUUGUGUCAAGGUGAAAUCACCACUAGCAAGACAUCAAAUGAAGAGAUUGUUGAAGCAGAACUAAAGAUGAUACAGAAAAUCCACCAAGGGACAAAAUCCUAUGAAGAAUGUAUGAAGGUGUCUUACCAAAAAUCACCACAUAUGAGGAACCAGAUGUCUCACUCAUGUAAAAGUUUCACUUGUAAAACAACUAAAUGUCUGAGACUUCAUAGAGAGGAGACACCCUGGAAGCCACACCACACUGAACACCAGAGAAACCAUACAGAUGAGAAGUCAUAUGAAAGUAAAGAAAGUGGGAAAGCUUUCUACAGUAAGUCUCAGCUCACUGAACAUCAGACCACUCAUAUGGGUGAGAAGCCCUAUGAAUGUAUGGAAUGUGGGAAAUAUUUCUACUACAAGUCACAGAUCACUGAACACCAGAGAAGUCAUACAGGUGAGAAGCCUUAUGAAUGUACAGAAUGUGGAAGAUCGUUCAGCUACAAGUCACAUCUCACGGUUCAUCAGAGAACUCAUACAGGUGAAAAUCCACAUGAAUGUCUAGAAUGUAGGAAAGUUUUUUACUACAAGUCACAGCUCAUUCAGCACCAGAGAAGUCAUACAGGAGGGAAGCCCUAUGAAUGUACAAAGUGUGGAAAAUCUUUCUACUGCAACUCUCAUCUGGCUCUGCAUCAGAGAAUUCAUGUAAGUGAGAAGCCCUAUGAAUGUACAGAAUGUGGGAAAGCUUUCUCUUUCAAUGCAUGCCUCAUUCGACACCAGAGAACUCAUACAAAUGAGAAGCCCUAUGAAUGUACGCAGUGCACAAAAGCUUUCUAUUUCAAGAAACAACUUACUCACCAUCAAAAGACUCAUACUGAUGAGAAACGCUUUGAAUGUAAACAGUGUGGAAAAGGAUUCUACUGGAAGUCUAACCUCACUGUACAUCAGAAAACUCAUACAGGUGAGAAGUCCUUUGAAUGUAAACAAUGUGGAAAAGCAUUUUAUUGCAAGUCAAACCUCACUGUGCAUCAGAGGACUCAUACAGGCGAGAAGCCUUAUGAAUGUACAGAAUGCACAAAAGCAUUUUACUCCAAGACGCAACUCACUCUGCAUCAGAGAACUCAUACAGGUGAGAAGCCAUAUGAAUGUAAACAAUGUGUGAAAGCAUUCUACAGUAAGUCUGGGCUCACUGCACAUCAGAGAACUCAUACAGGUGAGAAGCCAUAUGAAUGUAAACAGUGUGGAAAAUCAUUCUACAACCAGUAUGAGCUCACUGAGCAUCAUCGAACUCAUACAGGCGAGAAGCCUUAUCACUGUACAGAGUGCAGAAAAGAUUUCUACCGCAAGAAACAUCUUACUCUACAUCAGAAAACUCAUAUAGUAGAAAAAUCAUACAGAUGUACACAAUGUGGGAAAGCUUUCUCCUGGAUGUCACAUCUUAUUCAACAUCAGCAAACUCAUACAGGUGAGAAACCUUAUGCAUGUACAGAAUGCAGGAAAGCUUACUACUUCAAGAAACACCUCACCCAACAUCAGAAAACUCACACAAGGGAGAAACUAUUGAAUGUAACUAAUGUUGGAAAGCAUUUUGCAGCAAGUUCCCACUUGAUCAGAAAACUCGUAUAAAGGAGAAACCCUGUGAGUGUACAAUUUUCAGAAAACUCCCCCCCCAUGGCACACCUCACUCUGAAUCAGAGCUUAUAGAUUAGAAAGCCUAAAAAUGUAAAGACUACAUGAAUGCUUCCUAUAGCAAGUCCAUCCUCAGUUGUCAUCAGAGAAAGCAUUCAAUUGAAAGACUUAUGAAUGUAAACAGUGCAUGAAAACUUUCUACCAUGAGCCAGCCAGCAUCAGUAAACACACACAGGUGUAAGGCAUCUGUCUGUAAAGAUUGUUGGAAAACAGUACUGCAUUGUUUUCUGUAUGUGCUAAGAGAAGCCAUAUAUGUGAAAAUCUCAAGUGAAUUUUAGAAUUGUAGAAACACUUUGUCAUAUCUCAGUUAUCAGUGCAUAUGUAGGUAAGACUGUGAAUGCAAAGAACACAGCAGAAUAUUCUAACCAUCAAUUCACAUCUGAAAACUUAUACAGGUGCAAGGCUCCAUGAAAUUAAAGAAAGUAGGCACCUUUGAAACAAUUCAGGAUGCUACUUUAGGAUACUACUCUCUCAUACAUGAGAUCCCAGGUAUAAUAAAAUUUUAAUGAGGUAUGUUACCACACCCUUUCAGUCCCAGCUAUUUUGUGGCCUUGUGCUGCCAUUUUACUGAGCCUUAAACAACACAGAUUCAAACAAGGAGCAGUGAAACAUUCUUAACAUGUACUAAGUCAGGUAAUAAUAGUUGAACCCCAUGUUUGAAACCAUAAAAAUAGAGAGUGCCAAAACUUUUUAAAUUCAAUUUGAAGUUCAAUUGCCAUCAGAAACUGAACAGAGGUGAUAAAAAGAGGAAUAGAGUGUGUGAAAAUAUGCUGCUGUAUUUCAGUUGACUUUAUUAUGAAACUUAAAGAGCGAAUUAAGGCCUUCGGCCACACUCCCACAUUACUAACCACCAGAUGGGAAAAUGAGAACACAUUUAGUGUAAAAAAUUAAUUGGGCUUGAAAUGUGGCUCAAUUGUAAUGUUCUUGUAAAAGUUGUGCCAUAUAUCUGCAUAUCAUCUUGAUUUUGAACAUUUAUGUUCAUGAUCAUUUGUGGAUAAAAUCAGUUAUGGAAAACAUUCCACUAUUUUAGAAUGCCUCAUUGGACAUGGACAUUUGAAUGUAUUCAGUGAAAUAAAUUUUUGUAUUUGUUUA